CAUUGUUCAGAGCACAUUAAAGCAUCAGAGUUCCACCCGGUGAGUGCUGUGAUAUUGAGAGGUCAUACAUUUUCAAAAAUCAAGAUAAUUGAACCAGAGAAAGACCAGGAUGUCUGAAGAGUUGUCGCGCGACAUAAACAUUAAGGAGCCGAGAUGGGACCAGGGGACCUUCAUGGGACGCGCCAAACACUUCUUCAUGGUCACAGAUCCCAGGAAUGUCCUGCUGUCCUCUGAGACGCUAGAAGAAGCCAGAGUAAUCGUAGAGAACUACAGAGCUGGAACCGUGACUCCUGGUUUGACCGAGGAUGAACUUUGGAGAGCCAAGUACAUUUACGACUCUGCUUUCCAUCCCGACACUGGAGAGAAGAUGUUUGUGAUUGGUCGGAUGUCUGCUCAGGUGCCAAUGAACAUGUCCAUCACAGGCUGCAUGCUCACCUUCUACAGGACUACUCCAGCAGUUGUGUUCUGGCAGUGGGUUAACCAGUCCUUCAACGCCAUUGUCAAUUACACCAACCGCAGUGGAGACGCUCCCAUCACCAUGAACCAGCUUGGCGCCGCCUACGUUAGUGCCACUACAGGAGCUGUGGUCACCGCGCUCGGACUCAAGUCUCUAGCUACGCGUCUCCCCCCAAUCGUCAGUCGCUUUGUCCCUUUUGCUGCCGUGGCUGCUGCCAACUGUAUUAACAUUCCGUUCAUGAGACAGAGGGAGCUGAAGUGUGGGAUCCCGGUGAUGGAUGAGAAUGGAAACCGGUUAGGAGAAUCUGCCAACGCUGCCAAACAAGCCAUCAUUCAGGUGGUUGUGUCCAGGAUUGGCAUGGCGGUGCCUGCAAUGGCCAUUCCUCCUGUUAUAAUGAACGCUCUGGAGAAGAAAGCCUUCAUGAAGCGUUUCCCAAUUCUGAAUGCUCCUGUCCAAGUGGGGCUCGUCGGUUUGUGCCUGGUGUUUGCGACGCCUCUCUGCUGCGCCCUGUUCCCUCAGAAAAGCUCCAUGAGCGUGAGCGGACUGGAGGCUGACCUGCAGGAGAGGAUACGGCAGCUAAGUCCAGACACCACCACCGUCUACUUCAACAAGGGCCUGUAGGCACAUGAGCAGGAAACAUGCAAACUGUCUGUUAUCAUGGGUAUGAGAGAGUAGAAAACAUUUAUUUAUGCUUUUGCAGUCAUUUUUAUUUUUGGUAUAUUUUCGGUUCUUGUAUUUUUAUUUUGUCUUCCUCUUGAUGGAUAACACAGGAAGUUGAUAAUGACUUACUGGUGGUUUACUUCAUGUUACUUUUAAUGUCCUACUAGAAUAUUCAAGUUAUAAAUGAAGGUUUUUCCUGUUUGUUGUGUUUCCUGAAUAUAACGUUGCCUUGUGUGUUAUCUUUGUUUUGAUCGGGGUUUUCAACCCGUGGCCCUAUAAGCCUUCCCAAUUGACUCUUAAUAUCUUGAAAAACAUAGAACUCAAAUGCGGUUUAAAUCUAAAUGUGAUACAAAGUAAUACUUUCACUUUGUUUCUGUGUUUUCUUGUCAAAUUUUCACAGAAUGUCCAUAAUAUAGCAACUAAUAGUACAAAGAUUUUUUUUUUUUUGCAUUAGGCCAUUAGCUGGUGUGUUUUCCCUUAAGUAUUCAGAAAUAUGAAACUUCUUCUAAACCAUGAAAUUGUUUUGGUUUUUUUUUGUUUUUACCAUAAAACAAGCACAUUUUAAAUAGUGGGAAUAAGACUGCAAAUGAUUAUUUUAUUAAUCGAUUAUUAAUAAAAUUAAUAAAAUAAGUGGCACCUCCUGCAGAUUUUUUAUUUCCAAUAUUGUAUGUUAUACAAAUUUAGAAAUAUAUUAAAAUAUAUAAAUAAAUACCAAUAAUCAAAUGCCUUACGGGCAACAACGGCGUUGAUUCAAUGUAAGCCAGAUCAUUUGUUGCAAAAGAUUCAUCUGCAGUUUAAAAAAAAUAUAUACUUUUAACAUCAACAUGUGUAAAGCUUGACUUGGCCUCAUUACACUGUAGGGCUGAUGUGUUGACUAUUUUAUGAAUUAUCCGAUUAUUAAUUGGAUAGCAAAAUGUUCUAUUAAAAGAUUUUUUUUUACAGUAUUUGAACCAGGUAAAGCUAAAACAUUGCCACAUUUUUUUUAACACAUAUUUACAGACAAAAGAUAAAUGUAAAUUGAUUGUACAGGUUUGACUUAAUUAUUGCUGUGGGUAUUGUGUUCUUUUAACAUAUGGCAUGUUUUAGAGUCUGUAUGCUCCAGUUAACAAUUAGCUAAUUACUAAAUUAGUUGUCAAUUAUGUCAAUUAUCGAUUCGUCACAAUUAAUCUGAUCUAUCGUUUCAGUCCUGAGUGGGUAUUUAUAAAGUUGAUCAGUUUUUGAAUGGUCAUGCAGGUUUUGCAGAUCAGGACAGAACUAAUUUAAGAGCAGCUAAGUGAUAAAUGAUUUCUAAAGGUUUCUACCCCCUAGUUUUGACACAUCACACAAGCUACGUGGUGUAAAAUAUUUGCUUCUGUUUAUUUGCUAAAAAAGUAAUCCCCUGAUGUGAGUUCCUGUUUUGUAUCACACAGCCUCUCAUUAACAAGAGCAGCUCUCUUCAACUGUCCUUCAAGUGUACUUAAACCUUUAGGUACAUACGCUUCAGAAAACCUUUAGAGGACAUAGACGAGUGGAAUCUAAUGAGAGUAGUUUAUAUUACUCUAGAGAAGCCCCACUGUUUUUCUGUAGUUGUUUUUUACACUAUGUUGGUUAGUGGUUGUGCUGUUAUCUACACGUUGCUCACAGGAAGGAAGCAAAAACUGCACUUAUCUAAAAUCCCCAUCUUACUUUUAUGCAUAUACUAAAUGAAGACAACCGGUGUCGACAUAUAGGCACCUGAAAUCUUUCAAACAAACUUAUCCCUCCCCUUCAUUUAAAUUAAACAUAUAGUAAAAAGGUUUUUUUCUGUUUUGAGGACUUUGCGUACACCAUGGAGAUCCAGUUCUACCAAAAGAAAUUAGUAAAUGUUGUAACAAAUUUUAAAGUGUAAACGUUCGGUGCACAGUAAGUUUCAAUAAUUGCUUUGAGCAUCUUAAGUCAUUUAAUGAGGUCACCGAACACACAGCUAGCUAUUCAGGGUGAUUAGAUAAUGUACGUGAGGGCAUACAAGUCGUCAUAGUGUUUAAGCAAGUCGUCAUAGUGUUUGUCGUACAUAAAUUGAAACAAGUAUAUAUUUUCUGAAUACUUAUGUAAAAUAUGGAGCACAGAAAAAUGCACUGGAGAAUAAGGUCAGCUGCUAGUUUAUAGGAGUUUUGCUCCAUCUGAGUGAGACUUCCUCAUACUGAGUGCUAAUGAGUGACUCUGGAUUCAUCUUCUGAGGAAACUCACUAUUUACAAUUUACCAGCAAUCAUGCUUUGUACGCUCCUUUUUAAAAAUAGAAAUAUAUAUGGGUAUAUAUAUACAUAGGAUUCUGGAGAAGAGGGACAAAACAGGUCCUUUGGAUACAGCACAAAAUUUGAAUAAAAUAUACACAAAAUCUAAUUUUUUUCAAAUAUCUGACUAAACUAACCUGAGCCAUGUGAGCACAACAAUCUAUGUUUUCCUGGUGUUUGCUGAAUAUUUUUUAUUUUAAACAUUGUAGUAGGUGGAUACAUUAUGAGUUUAAAAUAAUUAAUGGAAUACUAAGAUAAUAUAUGAUGACAAUUAUGUACAAGUAUGCAAAUAAAUAAUUAUAAAAGUAUCAAUGAAUUUAAUUAAAAAUAAUUUUUAUAUAUUUUCCAACUCAAUUGAAAUUUGUCCCAAGUUUUUGUCAACACCGUCAGACAUAAAAAGAAUGUAUAAAAAAAAAUCAGGCAUUAUUGGAGGGCAUCAGAACUUCUUAGGACCCCAUGACCUCUUCCUUUGAGGGCUUAGCAGCUCUAGUUAGCUUAUGUUAUUCUUUAGUUUUUUUUCUUCCAUUUAAUUCCUCAGUUGUUCUUCACAGCCAUGAUGUGUCAACACCAUAACUGACAAUUUACAAACCUUUGAUGAAAUUUUGUGAAAUAAAUGAUUAAUUUUAGUAAACUGUAAAAGUUACAAUAUGGCCUCCUUCAGAAUAACAUCAUAUAAAUUGAAGUAGUUUGGCAUUUUGUCAACUCCGUCAGAUGUUAACGUCAGUUUUUAACUGAUGGUGUUGACAAAUCUCACCUAAGUGUGCAGUUAAUUCAUUUGAAUGUACUUUACAUUAAUGGCAUUACUGCACAUAUAUAAAAUAUUUCUUUUUACUCACUAGGUUGUCACCACCUUCAGUU